GAUUUUUUAUUGACGAUGGGGGCCAUCGCCAACCAUACUUUGAGUUUGGUUAGCAAUAGCGCCCACUUAAACUUUAUUCAGGACUUUCGCGAAGCCUUUGGCAAUGAUGGCAUGUAUGCAUUCGAAUUGAUAAACAAGGCCGCCGACGCCUGGCAGGGGCUAACUCCCGCGGAGAAGCUGCAGUUCGAGAGGGAGCAGUACCUGGCGGCUCGUACCGCUGACCUGGAGCGUGUGAAGCGCGGGGAGUCUGCGGGUCUGCUGUGGGCCCAGCAGAAGAAAGCCUUCCGCAAGCUGGCAAAGCGCGGACAGGCCAAGUACAAGGCCGAGUUCAAGGUGGAAGGCAUGCAAUGGGGACGCUUCGAGGAAAACGAGCCCCAGCUCAAGCGGGACGACGCCCCAUCGCUCAAAUAUAGAUCCUGUUUUUUCAGCGUGUUGGGCAUUAUCCUGGACAAGUGCCGUCCCAAGCGUCGGAGCGCACAGUUCGACUAAUCUGCAACUAAAACAAAUAUUAUAUUUAUGAAUCCUCUGAAUGGAAUUCAUUUUCUUGCAAGGUGGUAAUGAACCUGCCAUCCUGCAAGCUCCUGGCAUAUAUUGUUCCCAUUCCACAAAUACAAACUCUUUUGUUUCAUCUUGAA